CCAAAAUUUACAUCGAACCACAUCAAACCGUGUGUACCGAAAUCGAUCAGUCGAAAGAUCAUUUAUCGCAAGUGGCGGAUCCGACGCUCCGGCUCCGGUAUCCGACGUUUCGCUUUCCGUGAGACUCGCCUUACACACUUUGUAUUCCGUGACGUCUUUGAGUAUUGCCAGAUGUUGCAUGCUGUUAGGAAUUACGAUGAGGACAAGGAACGAAUUAGUGACUUUCUUAGAACAUUCUGCCGUACAAGUGAAUCAGGAAUCAAGCAUUUUAUUUACAGCGAACAGCUGACCAUCAUUGCCAAUCGGGAGCAGAUUGCUCUGUAUAUCUCAUUGAGUGAUCUUUCAGAUCACUCCGUAGAAUUGGCAGAGGCGGUUGAAGCCAACGUGCUUCGGUAUCAAAAGCUUUUCGCUGAGGUUGUGGAUCGCCUACUGCCUGAUUACCGCACAUCCGAGCUUGUACCCCAAGAUGUCCUCGAUAUCUUCAUUGAUCAUCGCAUCAGAAUGGAACAGCGAAUACGUGCUGAAGAUGUAAACAUGGCCGCACGUCCUUUAAAUGCCCAAAGUGCCUCCUUGUCUAACGUCGACUUGGAUGAAAUACGUUCGCGAUUCCCUCCAGAACUGAUGCGCCGUUUCGAAGUGUAUUUUUCGGGCCGACAGGAUCGCAAAGCUCUUAGCGUCCGCAGUGUGCUUGCGUCUCAGAUCGGGCGACUUAUCCAAGUUCGAGGACUGGUCACUCGCGCUACUGAAGUGAAACCGUUGAUUUCAGUUGCCACAUAUACAUGCAACCGAUGUGGUGCUGAAACGUAUCAGG